AUGGCAUCUUUUCACAAAAUAACAUUCUUCCUGAGAGGAGAAGAACCACAGAGAUGUGGAUGUGCCAUCGAGAUUCCAUCGGAAGACCUCACAAAAUUUGUGAAAAUUGGAGUGACCGACCCGAAUAGCGUGAGCGUGUCAGACAGGCUUGGGCCGGACCUGACCUUCGGCAGUCAACCUCAGACCAGUUGGCCACAUUGUGCACAACCCUCUCAGAGCUUGAGCUGCAGUCACGUUUUAACCAGAGUUCACUCUGUGUCAUUGUCAUCUGAUUCCUCAGAUGAGUCCUACUGUACUGUGCGCCAGGAUCAGGACACUCCCUCUCAGGACCGUAAGCUCUCUCGUACACCUUCAGUAGCAGACUCUACAGCAGAGUAUUUUGAUGCCAGUGAGGUGGUUUGUGAGAAUUUGUCUGAAAAUGAAACCUCUGAUGAAUCUGGAAUGAGUGAUGUCACCACAAGCAACUCUGAACCAGAGGAAGGCCACAAAACUGCAAAUAUGAAGUACAAAGCCAGUGUUUCCAGCACAAAUGAUUUAGCUUCUAAUGCUCAGGUCAGUGGGCGCCGCACAGUGCUUCCUGCACACAGCACUGAUAACAGUCAUAUCGGAAUCCUCAACAUCCUGUACAACAACAUCGGGAAGGAUUUGUCACGGGUCUCCAUGCCAGUGGCUCUCAAUGAACCGCUUAGUUUAUUACAGCGUGUCAGUGAAGAGCUGGAAUAUUCAGAACUCCUGGAUAUUGCCAACCACACAGAUGACCCUUUCGAAAGAAUGGUUUAUGUGGCUGUGUUCUCUAUUUCAGGCUAUGCCUGGGCCAGCUGGCGUAAUCGUUACAAACCCUUUAACCCUGUUCUAGGGGAAACGUAUGAGAAUGUGCGGGAGGACCAUGGUUUCCGUUAUAUCGCAGAGCAGGUCAGUCAUCACCCACCUCUGUCGGCCUGCCAUGCAGAGUCUGAUAACUUCAGCUUUUGGCAAGACCAGAGGUGGAAGUAUAAGUUCUGGGGGAAGUCAGUGGAAAUCGUUUCAUCUGGAAUGAUUAAUGUCACUCUGCCAAACUACGGUGAUCAUUAUGAGUGGAAUAAAGCAGUCACUUGCAUCCACAAUGUGUUCAGUCAGCAGAGAUGGCUCGAGCACUACGGUGACGUCAUCAUUCGUAACCUCAACAACGAUGAGUGCACCUGCAAGAUCACAUUUGUCAAAUCGCGUUACUGGGGUGACGAAAACAGCAAGAAUGAAGUGCAGGGCACAGUCCUCGACCGUGCUGGCAAAGUGCUUCACCGCUUCGGGGGAUCAUGGCAUGAAGGCAUCUUCUGUGAUACACUUCCCAACCCACAAUGCAUUUGGAAGCCCAAUCCUCAACCAGAUGAUUACUUUGACUACUAUGGCUUCUCCCAGUAUGCCAGAGAGCUCAAUGACCUGACGCCUGACAUAAAGGAUAAAUUGCCCAUGACAGACACUCGUUUUCGUCCAGACCAAAGGCUUCUUGAAGAGGGCAAAGUGGAAGAAGCCGAUAAACGUAAGGAUGAAAUAGAGGAGAAACAACGUGAAAGACGUAAGGCAAUGACCAAGAGGGGUGAAGAGCAUGUUCCACGUUUCUUUGUAAAAUCCUUAGAUCAUGCUGGAAGAGAGGUAUGGGUGACAAAUGGAAUUUACUGGAAGAUGCGAGAAAAUCCAGGAUUUGCCAGCACUGAAAAUCUGGAUUUGUGGUGUUGAUGGAAUUGAAGUCCUGCGAUUUGUGAUAUCCCAGUAUUCUGUUAGUGAAACUCAUGAAUUUUGGCAUGUCGGUAUGGUUUAGUGUAUGUAUAUAAUUAUAUUUUACGUAACCGUUGUGAAUUUUAGUAUAAAACAAAGACUUCAAAGGCAAUGCAGGAAUGGAGUUUCGGUGCUUUUUUAAAUCUAAAUUGUGAUAUUCCUAAAGCCGUACCACCCUCAUUUUUAGUGAUUAUUUAAAAAUAGGUGUGUGUGUGUGUGUGUUAAUCAAAAAUACCUUCCAUAUUAUGUGUAAUGAAUAGAUGUCUUAAAAAUAUUUCCUCCCCUUUUUAAAGUCUUUUUUUUUUAUUGAAAUGUAAGCUCUAAUGUCAGGGUCUUUGAUAUACAUAAUUGAAUUUAGUACAGAGUGUUUCCCAUUUUAAUAGACCUGUAUGUGUAAAUUGUGCAUGUCUAUACUGUUUGCUGUAAGUUAUGCUUUUUACCAGAUGAAUUUAAUUAUUUCUGCUAGAAAAUAUUGCAUGAUCUCGCUGUAUAAAAUACUUUGUGCUAGGUAAUUCCUCAAAUUAAUAUAAUGAAAAUGACAUGUUUCUUUUUUAAUUUUCAACCAAAUCAACUGAAAAUAUUUUGGUGAAGAGUGUAAUUAGGUUAUGUGCAGUUUCUUGUAUGAAUGCAUUUCCAAUCAGAUGAGACUUGAAUAAAUAUUAAAUUUGAACACAA